AUGGAUAUCAACCGAAGCCCUACAAUGUUCACAAGCGUUAACAACACCACUUGGAAUCUGUACAAUAUGGAAAUGGAUCAAAACCUCCAUCAUCAAAUCCCUAUGUGUUCUCCUUGGCCUAACUUCCCUAAUUACCCUCAUCAGAUGAUACCGUCUUCUUCGUCCACCGCAAUACCCUCUUCAGGGUUUCUAAACAACGUCGUUUUGGAAGAAGAGCAUGAAGAAGAAGAAGAAGAAGAGCUGGGAGAAGUGAAGGAGAUGCUGUACAAGAUCGCUGCUAUGCAGCCAGUGGACAUAGACCCAGCCACCAUCCGAAAGCCAAAGAGGCGAAACGUCAGAAUCAGCGACGAUCCACAAAGCGUCGCGGCGAGACACAGAAGAGAGAGGAUCAGCGAGAAAAUGCGAAUCCUCCAAAGACUCGUCCCUGGGGGCACCAAGAUGGACACUGCCUCCAUGCUCGACGAAGCCAUUCGCUAUGUCAAGUUCUUGAAGCGACAAAUCAGGUUACUCCAAUCCCAACCCUCACCCUCACCACCACCUCCACCACAAUGCAUCACUGACACUCUUGCCAAUAUUGGGGUUAACAAUACUGCUGGUUCUAAUAUUCAUGGCGAUCACUGGCCUUUUGCACCACCGUCUUUACUGCACUGUCCCACCACCACCACCACCUCCUCCUCCGCCGCUGCUGCUAUGGGCAUGCCGGUCCGACUGGGAUUCGGUUCGGGCUAUAAUCAUGAGUCAUGA